GUCAAAAUGUGGCCGAUGCCAUGUCCGGAGCACAAGGCGCCCUAUUCAGCGUGCACUCUCAGUUUGAGGUCUGAACCCGGCCAGAAGAGCCGGCCAAGUUAACACAGAGCAAAAUGGUGCUUCGAAUAUUGCUCUGCACCACGAUAUUCUGGGUGGCCACUUCUGCUCAAGGAACAUUCAGCUUAGAAGGGGCUGUAGAUGAAAAUGGAGGUCUCUUCCCUCUGAUUUUCAACCUUGCUACGAACGCGAAGAUUACGUCCAAUGCAACAUGCGGACUGAACGGACCCGAGAACUACUGCAAACUGGUGGAACACGUGCCGGGGGAACCCUUCCCACAGGACCCACAGUGCAGCGUCUGCAAUGACAAUGACCCGUACUUACGACAUCCCAUAGAGAAUGCCAUCGACGGGACCAACAGUUGGUGGCAGAGUCCAACCAUCUCUCAGGGACGACAGUACAACUGGGUUACUAUAACACUGGACUUGGGGCAGAUCUUCCAAGUGGCUUAUGUGAUCAUCAAGACAGCCAUCACUCCACGUCCCGGCAACUGGAUUCUGGAGCGAUCCUUGGAUGGAGUCCGUUUCCGCCCGUGGCAGUACUUUGCCAUCUCGGACUCGGAAUGUUACCAGAACUACAACAUCACCCCCACCAUCGGUACGCCCCAGUUCACCCAGGACGAUGAAGUCAUCUGCACAUCCUUCUACUCCAGGUUUCCACCAUUUGAGAAUGGAGAGAUUCACGUCUCACUCAUCAAUGGUCGUCCCAGUGUAGACAACCCAUCAGACACCCUCAGGGAGUUCACCUCAGCCCGUUACAUCCGCCUGCGCCUCCAGAGGAUUCGCACUCUCAAUGCUGACCUCAUGACCCUGAGUUCACAGCGCCCUGACACCAUCGAUGCAUUCGUCACCAGAAGGUACUUCUACUCCAUCAAAGAUGUCUCUGUUGGAGGACAGUGUAUCUGUUUUGGUCACGCCAAAGUCUGCCCACAAGUUCCUGGUGCCCAGACUCUGAGGUGCCAGUGUGAACACAACACCUGUGGUGAGAGCUGUGAGCGCUGCUGUCCACUCUUCAACCAGAAACCAUGGCAACCUGGAACAGCUGAGAGCAGUAAUGAGUGCGAAGCCUGCCAGUGCUUUGGCCAUGCUGACGAGUGUGUGUAUGACCAGGGUGUGGCUGACCGCAGGGAGAGUGUGAACAUCCUUGGCAUCUAUGAAGGCGGUGGUGUCUGCCAGAAUUGCAGGGCCAACACCAUGGGUAACAACUGUGAACAGUGCAUUGAUGGGUUCUACCGACCUGCAGGCAUACCGAGGGAUGAUCCCAACCCAUGUAGAGAAUGCCAGUGUAACCCUAUUGGUGAAGAUCCCAGCCGAAGGGGCCAGUGUGUGAAGGAUGACACCAGGAUCGCUGAGGGUUUGGAGCCAGGCCAGUGUUACUGUAGACCUGGCUUUGGCGGACCAAGAUGCGACCGCUGUGCCCGAGGUUACACGGGUUAUCCCAACUGUGAACCAUGUGACUGUAGUGUCGCUGGCAGUGUGAAUGAAGAUGUCUGUGUUGGCCCAUGCAUCUGCAAGGACAAUGUUGAGGGUCAGUUCUGUGAUCGCUGCAAAGCUGGCUUCUACAACCUACAAGAGAACAACCCAUACGGCUGCCAGCCAUGCUUCUGCUUCGAUGUCACCAACCAGUGUCAGAGUGUGCCAUGGUACAGGGAACAGAUCACCACCAUGCAGGGAUGGACAGUCAGGGCACCCCAGGGGGACAGGUUUGUGUACCCCAGGGAUGAUGGCUUCAACCGCAUCACUGUGCCACACUUUGAAGCUGCCAGGGACCUUGGGAGUCUGUACUACUGGAGUGCUCCUAGGGAAUACCUCGGCAACCAGUUGGAGUCAUAUGGCGGAGUUCUACGGUAUACAGUGUCGUACAGGACAUCUGACCGAGGUGAUAGCGGGGACCCCUCAGCAAGACCCACCGUGGAUAUUGAUGUUAUCAUGGAGGGAGGGGGUAGGAGGAUAAUCUACAAGACAACAGAGGCACAGCCUCGGAGGUAUGACCAAAUCCAUUCCAGUUACAUGGCGCCGACUGAAGGUCAGUGGCGCCCGAUCGUCCGCCGCUGGGGCUGGCCUCUGUCUCGCAGAACCCGCUCCACAUACCUCUCUUCUGAGGAUGAGUUCUUCUUCAACCUGCUGAACCAAAACACUAGGAGAAACCAGAACUCAAGACGAAACCAGAACUCAAGGCGAAACCAGAACUCAAGGCAAAGCCAGAACAUAAGAGGAAACCAGAACUUAAGAACAAGAAUAACGGGUAAUGGGAGGAGCAUCACAUACACAGAGAACAGACAGGUGGGCCCAAGUGUGGAGGAGACUGUCACUGUCUACCUCAUCCCUAGUGGAUGGAGGGAGUAUGCGGACCCCAACUCUGCCUUCAACGUUGGUGCACGAAUCUCCCGCACUGAGCUCAUGACAGUCCUGGCUGAUGUGACCAAGCUGUUGAUCAGGGCAACGUACAACACCAACCCUGUGGAAUCAAGCUUGAGUUCCGUAAGCAUGGAGUCGGCCUCUUCAGAAGCUGUGGGCCCCACUUUGGCAUCUGAUGUGGAACAAUGUCAGUGCCCAAUUGGUUACACUGGCCUGUCCUGUGAAGGGUGCAUUAAGGGCUUCCGACGUGUGAACGGGCAGCUGUACGGAGGGCAGUGUGAACCCUGUCAGUGUAACGGCCAUGCUGAAGAGUGUGAUGAUGUGACAGGAACAUGUUUGUCGUAUCUGUCAAAUUCUGCCCUUGUGCAGAGCUGUCUGCACAACACAGCCGGACGAAACUGCGAGGUCUGCGCUCCCGGUUACUAUGGAGACGCAACCCGAGGAACGCCCGACGACUGCUCCCGUUGUGCCUGCCCCCUGGUGGAGUCCUCCAACAACUUCAGCCCCACCUGCGUGGCUAUGGAUGGGGGAGUCUUCUGUGACCGCUGCCCACCCGGACAUGAAGGUUUCCAAUGCGAAAAGUGUGCUGACGGCUAUUUUGGCAACCCCCUUGAGGUGGGGAACCUUUGCAAACAGUGUACCUGUAAUGGCAACAUUGACCCCACCGAUGAAGGCAACUGCAACACUAUCACUGGCGAGUGUCUGAAGUGCAUAGGGAACACUGCAGGCGAUGAAUGUGAACGUUGUGCUGAUGGCUACUUUGGAGAUGCCAUCAAUGCCAAGAACUGUCAGCGAUGCCUUUGCCACCCACGUGGGUCCUACCAGGAAGACUGUGACCUGAACACCGGGCAGUGCCGCUGCAGACCCAAUGUGAUUGGCCGGGACUGUGAUCAGUGUGCCGUAGGGUUCUUUGGUAUAAACUCUGGGGAAGGCUGUCAGGCCUGUAACUGUGACAGUACAGGCUCCCUGUCCACCCAGUGUGAUGAGGACGGACAGUGUCGCUGCAAACCUGGUGUUGGAGGACAGCAGUGUGACCGCUGUGAUGUCGGCUUCUACGGCUUCUCUGAGGAUGGAUGCAAGGCCUGUGACUGCUCCCGUACUGGCGGCUUCUGUGAUGACCAAACCGGAGACUGCAUCUGCCCGCCGAACACAGUAGGCAUCCGUUGUGAGAGCUGCAAACCUGAGACAUUUGGUUGGGAUGGGCUGAACGGCUGCACUCCCUGUGACUGUGAUCCUGUGGGAUCUGAAGGAAAUGACUGUGAUCUGACCACUGGACAGUGCAAGUGCCUUAAUGACUUCAGUGGGAGGCAGUGCAACAUGUGCCAGUUUGGUUACUUUGACUUCCCUACCUGUCGGGAGUGCACCUGUAACCAGGCAGGGACUGACCCAAACACCUGCAAUGCCAACGAUGUCUGUGCUUGUGCUGACAAUGGGACAUGCUCAUGCAAGCCCAAUGUGGAAGGUAAAUCCUGCACACUUUGUAAGGAGGGCAGCUUCAACCUUGAGGAGGAGAACCCCAACGGCUGCACCAGCUGUUUCUGCUUCGGCAUCACAGACCAGUGUAGGCAGGCCAACCUUGUCACAGAGCAGGUGACCCCUGAUGCAGACAAUAACAACUUUUUCCUGAGUAACAUCCGGCGCACUCAGCAGACCCAGAGAGGCCUGUCCAUCAGGGAAAAUGAAGUUGAAGUGGACGCCAGAGCUGCAGCCCAAGAGCUGCCCUUCUCUCCUGUCUACUUCAACCUACCCGACGUCUUCCUUGGCAACAAGAUCACUUCCUAUGGAGGUAAGCUGAGGUACACAGUGGAGUAUGAAGAGGACCCAAACACCCCACCCGGCAUUGAGAACACCAUCAGCCAGCAAGAGGACGGUCCCCAGGUGGUUAUCCACGGCAUUGACACCGCCAUCGUGUUGGACAUCCCAGAAGUCAUCGCUGCUGUUCCUGCAAGGCACGAGAUUGAUCUUGUGGAGGAUCAGCAACAUCUCUCUGGAUGUUGGCCGUGAACGCCGGUCCAACGACACUGGUCGGGAGCCUCCCACCGACAGUGUGGAGGAAUGCAUGUGUCCUCCUGGCUACACUGGGCUGUCAUGCCAUGAAUGUGCUGAAGGCUACAGGCGAGUGAUGAAUGGUCCGUACUUGGGCCGCUGCAUCCCGUGUGACUGCAACAAUCACAGUGCAGAGUGUGACCAGAUCACGGGGAUCUGUGAGAACUGUGAUGACAACACAACUGGUCAGAACUGUGAGAAUUGUGCAGAUGGGUUCUUUGGCAACGCCGUUCCAGGAGCAGAUGAUUCAGGCUGCAAGCGCUGUGCCUGUCCUCUGGUCAACGAUGAGAACAAACCUCAAAAAGAUGAGGUUGUCCGGGUUAUCAUGAGACCUCAAAAUGACGAGGUAGCCAGUCAGUACUCAAGCUUCAGCUCAACCUGUCGGAAGGAUGCAGAUGGUAAUAUUACAUGUACGGGCUGUGAGCGGGGCUACACAGGCAGGCGCUGUGAGAGAUGUGAACAGGGUUACUAUGGCAACCCUACCAUUCCGGGCGGCCGUUGCUAUGAAUGUGCGUGUGACCAGUCCGGCUCUCUGAGCCCCAUCUGUGACCAGGUGACUGGCGCGUGCCAGUGUCAGCCCGGUAUCACCGGCCGUGCUUGUGACCAGUGCCAGCCAAGAUAUGCCCUGACUGAGAGAGGCUGUAUAAACUGUGAUGAUGAGUGCACUGGUGUGCUGUUGGAUGACAUGGAGCGUUUAGAAGCUCUGCUGCAGUCCAGGAACUUGAGUGGUGUGUUCCCUGCACCAUGGCCCACCCUCAUGGCCUUGGAAAAUGAGACUUUGGAACUCCAGGCCAAACUAAAGCCCUUCAUUGAAGCCUUCAACCGGCUGCAAGACAAGGCUGAAAACAUCUCGGACCUGGAACGUCUAGCUGACAGGCUACUCAGGAGGGCCAAUGAUGCUGUCCGUAAUGCCCCACCCGUGGACGAGGAUGCUGGGAAGGUUCGGAACCGCGCAGCUGACCUGGAGAUGAGGAUCAUGGACUCUGCCCGAGAGCUGCAGGAUCUUGUUGAGCAACUGGUGAACUUCACACGUGGGCCAGGAUCUCCUGUUUCUGACCUCGAGGCCCAACUUCGCGAGGCUCGUAGAAUACUGGACCAGAUUCGCGGCAGAGAUCUUAAUGGUUCCAGAGCUGAUGCCGACAGGGAACUCAGGCUUGCCAAGGACACUCUGGAGAGAGCUCUUCUUGACUUUGCUAACAAGACUGCUGACAAACUGGCAGCAGUAGAAGCCCUGGAGGGAAAGCUUAACAGGACUCUCGGUCAGCUGAAUGAUCUGGAGGAAGCUGUCCGUGAGGCCCGCAUGAAGACUAAUGAAGCUGAUCGUCUUAAUGAUAACAACGAAGAUAUUCUCCGAGAUCUAGACGAAAUCAGGAGACUUACUGAAGACAAUGUGGACGACAUUCGUGAUGCCAUCAGGGAAGGUGAUGAAGUUGUGAAAAAUGCUCGCCGUCUCCUGUCUGAGGCUCGCAUUGCCCUGGAGGAGGCCAAAAAUAAUGACCAAGCCCUGAGGAAUGUCCGGCCAGAGUUGCAGCGCCGGGCUGACCUGCUGACCCAGAAGCUUGCCGGACCCCCUGACCUGGAAGACUUGGUGGAGGAUGCAGAGAAACACGCCCAUAACCUGACACUGAGGGCCAGAGACCUGGAAGGGCUCUUUGCUGAGACCAAGAACUUCUCCUCUGAUGCCCUGGCUGCCGCCACAGCCUACGACAACAUCGUGCAGGCCUUUGAAGAUGCAGAGAGAGCUGCAAAUGAAGCCAACGUGGCUGCUAAAGAAGGACUAGACCUGGCUACAGGAGAAAACUCUCUGAGUGAACUUGGCGAGGAGUCUAAACAGCGCAGCUAUGACCUCUUGGAUGAAGCUGUGAAGCUCAGGGACAGGGUGGAUGAAAUGCAGGGUGACUUGAACGUGUAUCGUGUUGAUAUUCCCAUUGCUCAAGAGCGUAUGGCCCGUGGCUACACGGAACUUGCCGUCAUGGAGGCCCGGAUGGAUGCUCUCCCUGGAAACCUAGGUGAUGCUGCCAAGGAUGUUCAAGACAGAGCAAUUGAAGCUGACAAUGUUGCCCAGGGGGUGAUCGAUGAAGUUGAUGGCUUAGAGCCAGAUGUUGACGCUUUAGUGAAUCAGGUUGGAGGUGCAGGGUCUGCAUCUGGCGACACCAAUGCUGCCAUCAGAGCAGCAGAAAGAGACUUGAGGACUGUGUCUCGUAACCUUGGCGAUCUUAAGGACCUUGCUGAUGACCUGAACGAUGAAGCACGUAACGUCCGUGCUCUGAAUGACCAGUUCAGCCGGAACUUGACUGACCUGAUGGAAAAGAUCAAACAGGCCCGGCAGCAAGCCAACACUAUCAAAGUGUCGGUGGCCAACAGUGGAACAUGUAUACGAUCCUACAAACCCAACAUCCAGGCUGGGUCAUCCAUUAACACCAUUGAGUUGAACUUCAAGACAACUGAGCCAGACAAUCUUCUCUUCUACCUGGAAGGCAGGGAUUCUAAAGACUUCUUGUCUUUGGAGACUCGUGACAGCCGAGUGAUUUUCCGCUGGAAUGUUGGUUCGGGCAUCGGCACCAUCACAUACGACAGCCAGCCUAUAUCUGACGAUAGAUGGUACCGUAUCAUUGCCAAGCGUGUCAGCAGUAGUGGAGAACUCCGUGUGCAACUCUCCAGUGCUAAAGAUCUUGAACCGGCUGUGACUGGGUCUGCACCACUGGGGUACACCAUUCUGGAUGUAGACAGCGACGAUGACCUCUACUUAGGCGGUGUUCCAGCAGAGAAGCUGCAAGACCUGGAAGCUGCAACAAUUUUAACUUCUGACUUCAAUGGCUGCCUGGGAGAAGUACUGCUUGAUGAUAAACCCAUCGGCCUCUACAACUUUGCUACCACCUCUGGUACCUGCGAGGGGUGUGUGGAAAGCCCACGAGAGAGGACUGCUUCCAACACCUACACCUUCCUGGGAGACGGAUUUGUGGUCAUGCCAAAGAUACCUUCAUGGAAUGACAGAACUACUUAUCUCAACUUCAACUUCAAGACCUUUGCAGAAGAUGCACUCAUCUUCUUUGUUGCUGAUGAAACCCAGGGAGACUACUUUGCUGUGUACCUGAAAGACGGAAGAGUCGGAGUCCAGUACAACCUGGGUGGUGGACAAGUUGAGAUCCUCUCCGAUGACAGGUACAGCACUGGAGAAUGGACCUAUGUAAGGGUCUCCAGGACUGGCCAAACGGCUGAGCUGGCUGUGACAGAUGAACAAAACGUGAAAAGAGGGUCCUCUCCUGGGAACCUUGCUGACCUUGCAGUCACCGACCUCAUGUACAUUGGAGGCCUGCCUGGAAGCUUCAGGCUGUUGCAGCCGGGCAUUCCCACCACCUCCUUCAUUGGGUGUCUGCAGGACGUUACGGUGGGAAGGGAUCCCCAGAAGCUGGACGAGAACCUGGCAAUUUUGGGCAUGACACCAGGCUGUCAGGAUCAAGUUGUCCGCACCAUUGGGAUGACUGGAGAGCCAGGUGCUUAUACAGCCCUUCCAAACACGGACAGAAAAGGAAACCUGGCAGAUGGAGGGUCAGUGUUCCUCGGGUUCACAACAAGUACGGAGGACGGGCUGUUGCUCCUGGCAACCGGUGGCAGCCGCAGGAGGAGACGACAGGCUGGAACGGCCUUCUACUCUCUGUCCAUUGUGAAAGGUCGUAUCCAAGCUCGGUUCAGCGCUGGAGAGGGUAGUCCUGUAACUAUAGUAACAAGGAACAGUGCUGGAAGGUUCGAUGAUGGAGAGGACCACAACAUCAGGGUGACGAGGGCAGGGGACAGGUUUGAGAUCUCAAUAGAUGAUGACGCCAAGCGAUCAGGCAAACUGCCGGAUGUUGACAACAAAGUCAUAUCUGUUAACAAGUUGUACAUUGGUGGUAUUCCUGGCAACAUGGAGAGGAACUUCCGCAACAUGGCUGGAACCCUGUCUCCAUUCAAGGGCUGCAUAAGGGAUUUGGUUCUGAAUGGAAACCUAAUCAACAUGGGAGACAUGGUAGAAUUUAACAAGGCAGACAUUGGGCGAUGUGUCACGCCGAGUGAACUGCUACAGAUCACCACCACUGUGACCAUGAUCACCACAGAUGUCAGCGGCAUCACCCCACCUGUCCAGACCAUGUCCUCUGUGUCCAUGCCGCCAGGUCCUGACAUGUCCACCCGACAGAUAGGGGAGAUGACCGCGGGAGAAUCAGAAAGCCCCAGACCCAUUACCCAGCCUUCCACUAUGCAGACCACGCCAAUGACGACUGUGCACCACUCCACGGAAAGCCUGACCACCAUGGAGCGCACAACCUCAAAAAUGUCCACCAUAGAGAUGGAUACCACGUCCAUACCUGCACAGAAGGAACCCACAACCAAAGGCUUUUCAACAACACAAAGGCCAAGGCCACCCCUGACCAUAAGGCCCACUUCCCCCAGACCUGUGACCACACAGGCUAUGACUACAGAACAAGUCCCUACCACGGGACAGACUACUGACAGAUCCACACAAGGUCCCACGACGACGGAAAUGGCCGAGUCCACAACAAAAGCCCCUAGUGUCCCAGGAACUACCACAGUCACUCCUGCCCUCCCGGUAGUCUUGACAACUGCUGAGGUGCCGACACCCACAACAGAGGAAAUAGUUAUUACUACCCCCACCCCGGAUACAGGCCCUCCCACUGGCUGUGCAGCUGCGGCCGGCCAAACCUCAAAGAUCAUACCAGGAGCCUUCCAAUUUGGACGGACUAAAAACAGCCACAUGACAUUCAAGAUAGAACCCAAGGAUGUCAAGAAAGAGUUUUCAGUGAAGGUGGAUAUCCGCACCUUUGAGUCGGAUGGCCUGGUAUUCUACGUUGCCAGGAGCAACCAGGCAGACUUCGCUGCCAUCCAGCUGGAAGGUGGUCUGGUGAAGUUCAAGUUUGACAAUGGGAAGGGUCCAGUGGAGAUCAGCAGCACAAUCACUGUGAACGAUGGAAAGUGGCACAUGCUUGAAAUCGCCAGAAACCGCAGGAAUGGAAUCCUGACCAUUGAUGGACGUAACAGACAGAAGGACAAGAGCCCAGAAGGAGCCACCAUCCUGGAUGUGACUGAAGACUUCUACCUGGGAGGAGUUCCCAUCAGCUAUACUCCCACCAGAAUAGGAAAGUUGACCAACAGCAUGGAGAUGUGUGUGCGUAUGUUGGAGAUCCAGGGUGAGCUACAGAAUCUGGCCCAACCAGCCACCAGGGCUGACACAGGGAGCUGCUUCCAGAAGGUCACCGGAGGGUCAUACUUCGCUGGCACAGGAUAUGCAGUAUUAUAUGACUCGUACCAUGUAGGACAGGACAUGGAGGUUGUGUUUGAGUUCAGAACCAGCCAGCGGGAAGCCCUCCUGCUCAGUGUGUCAUCUGAGAGGCCUGAUGCUCUCGCCAUUGAACUCAAGGAUGGCAAGAUCACCCUUCGUGCUAACAAUGGUCCAGGAGUAAUCCAGCCUUCUGAUAUCACAUUCCGUGUUGACAAUGGACCGGCACCAUUUGAAGUGACCUAUGACCCAGAGGUUCAUGGUCAACAAGACAGCAACAAGUUCAGCCUCUGUGACAUGAAGUUCCACAAAGUGGAGGCCCGUAAGGUGAAGAACAUCCUGGAGGUGGUGGUGGAUGGCAAUGAAGUACCGCCUGCAACCAGUCAGCAAGCCUCUACCUCUGCAGAUACCAAGAACCCACUCUACAUCGGAGGAUACCCAGAAUCAGCCCUGGAGCAGAAAGCUGCCACUACAGACAGGCGCUUCAUGGGUUGUAUUCGCAACCUGAAGAUCAAUGGCAAACCCCAGAACCUGGGCUCAUCGGUGACCCUGGUCGAUGUGCAGGCCAACACCUGCCCUGGGAAGUGAAGAACUUAAAUGUGCUUCAGUGUAACCUCACACAUUUGCCAUGCUUUCUUCAGUAAGUUUUGGACCUAAAGAUUCGUCAUUUUAGAAAGCUAAAGGUGUCCAGCUUUGCCAAAGCUGCAGUCCUGGUGAGAUUGUAGAAUGAGACCCUAUCCAAACUUAUUUAAGAAUGGCAAAAUGUGUGAGGCUGACCUGUGCAACAUCCUGGUCUCCUGCAGAAAUCAGUGUUCAUGUGAUGUUUUUUUUGUUCAAGUUAUUUGUCAGAUUCCCUGAAGUUAUCCCUUUGUGUGUGUUGUUCAGAAAAAAAAACUUGGGUGCUGCUGGAGAAGAAAACUUGCUGAGAAGAAUAAAGUGAAAAGGCUUUUAUUGAAAUUGAACUUUGUUUCUGUGUUCAAGGCAUGCAAACUUGUUAAAAAAACAGACCUCAAACUUCAGACUUUUUAAAGUGCCUUGGACACAGGUUAACAAGUGGUUCUUGACAAACUAUGUGCCAAUCAUAUAAGCAAUGUAAUCUAUGAACACCCAUGUGUGUUAAGUGUUUUUUUUUUUGUUGUUGUUGUUCCCCACCCCUGAAAACCCCAAUCCCUCCUGUCUCCUUCCCUCAAUCCUCCCUCCCCCCAUUUGUUCCCCUAACCUGAUUUCUGCAGAACAUCAGAAAAGCUGUGAGUGUUUACUCGACCACUGAAACACCCGCAUGUAGCUUGACAGAAAAGUGGUGGUCCUCACAAGGCACCUCACAAUAAAAAGGUCUACAAACUGUUAAAGAUCGUUGAUGAACAGACAUGACAUUUGAAGCAUAUUUGUUCAUGAACAUACUUUGCAAGGCCCUUGAUAUCUGUGAGUCUAAUUGAAGUCUAUUCUUAAAUAUCAGUCGAAAUGGAUUUUAAUGCUCUCAAGUUUUUGUUACUUAAGCAUUGGCUUGUUGCAUUGAACUCUAUCUUGAUAUUUUGUAUCAGUCGUUGACUUUUUUUAUUGUACCAAGUAUAUGCAUGUUCCACAAUCAUUACAUUACUAUGGUGUACCAUGAGGCUCGCUAGAAGUUUCUGGUGGUUAGUUUUACUGUUCUUUUGACAACUAACAAUGCAUCUAGAUCUGUCCUACAUUUUGAAGAUAUCUUAAAUUCUUUAAGUGGUUUUAAUGGAACAUGUAUAUGUUUGUGACAUCAUUAAUGUGCUGUACUCUAAGGUUGACAAAGCAUUUGCUCCUGUUUUUCAACAAGUCUUUGUUUCAAAUUUUAAAAGUAGUUCUGGUGAAGACCUAUCUGUCACUUCAGGGUCAGUCAUGUUAGACACAAAUAUCAAGAACCAAAACACUGUUAUACAUUUGCAAUCAUAUACAAUGUAGUGUCCCUUCCUUUACCAGCACCAAUAAUAUUUGGAUCAGAAGCAGACUUCUCGACCAAGGAGUACCAAGUAGAUUAUCUCCUACUUUUAGCUGUCCAUGCACUGAAGUUUUCUCAAUGUGCCUUGUGGGAAUCUUGGUACCAUGGAUUUUUAGUUGCCCUUUGUGUUGUUUUUUUAGUGCAUGCUUAUUUAGUCAUAUACAUGAUAUACUGUGAUUUGGUAACACCCUUCUCUUCAUACAUCAACCAACUAGCACUUAAAUUGCAUACCUUACAGACAAAUUCAUGUCACUUUUUUUUCUUGAUAAAGCAAAACAACCACUUGCUCCUGCGGCAAAGGUACUUAAAUGUGAAUCAUGACCGUGCCAAAGACAGUAUCAAGUCACUUGUAUUUUGUUAGACUUACAAAUGUAGCGCAAAGACAACUGCUGCAUAGCUAGACCACUGUUGCCAUUCUGAUUGACCAACAAGACAGUUGCCAACAAAGAAAGCAUUUUGAAUGUACAUCAGACAUCAUAUACACAGCAAGUGUUCCUUUCUAGCUGGUUAAUAGUUUCCAGUAUGAAUUAUUUUACAGUUCCUUGUCAGAAUGGCACUUUGGUAAAUGCACUCUUGUCUUGAAUACUUUUAUUUUUGCACCCCUCCCAGAGUGCCUUAGUACAACGUCUGUGUCAAAGAAUUGGUACCCUUUUGAGGGCUAUGAUUUUAAGUUCUUUGCCACAAAUGUGACUUAUUUAGUGAAAAUAAAGUUUUUGAACCCA